UUGCCUACCCUCACCACCUGGGGGCGGCCCGUCAGGAAGUCCAGUACCCAGUUGCACAGGGCGGGGUCGAGACCCAGGGUCUCGAGCUUGAUGACGAGCUUGGAGGGUACUAUGGUGUUGAAUGCCGAGCUGUAGUCGAUGAACAGCAUUCUCACAUAGGUAUUCCUCUUGUCCAGAAGGGUUAGGGCAGUGUGGUUGAGAUUGCAUCGUCUGUGGACCUAUUUGGGCGGUAAGCAAAUUGGAGUGGGUCAAGGGUGUCAGGUAGGGUGGAGGUGAUAUGGUCCUUGACUAGUCUCUCAAAGCACUUCAUGAUGACGGAAGUGAGUGCUACGGGGCGGUAGUCGUUUAGCUCAGUUACCUUAGCUUUCUUGGGAACAGGAACAAUGGUGGCCCUCUUGAAGCAUGUGGGAACAGCAGACUGGUAUAGGGAUUGAUUGAAUAUGUCUGUAAACACACCGGCCAGCUGGUCUGAGGGCGCGGCUGGGGAUGCCGUCUGGGCCUGCAGCCUUGCGAGGGUAUCUCUGUACAUUCAAAUUGCCAUCGAUAAAAUGCAGAUGUGUUCAUUGUCCGUAGCUUAUGCCUGCCCAUACCAUAACCCCACCGCCACCAUGGGGCACUGUUCACAACGUUGACACCAGCAAACCGCUCGCCCACACGACACCAUACACGCUUUCAGCCUGGUAUUGUUGAAAAGGGGAUGAAUCUGUGAAGAACACACUUCUCCAGCGUGCCAGUGGCCAUCGCAGGUAAGCAUUUGCCCACUGAAGUCAGUUACAACGCCAAACUACAGGUCAAGACCCUGGUGAGCAUCCCUGAGACUGUUUCUGAAAGUUUGUGCAGAAAUUCUUCAUUUGUGCAAACCCAGUUUCAUCAGCUGUCCGGGUGGCUGGUCUCAGACAAUCCCACAGGUGACAAAACCGAAUGUGGAGGUCCUGGGCUGGCGUGGUUACAAAUUGUCAAUAUGAUAAUUUUAUUUUGUAUAGUUACAUCAAAACGACAAGACAAGAUAGGAGCUAAAUCAACUAGCUUGCUACCUUGCUUCAUUUUAGCUGACUGUCUACUUGGCUUGUUGGCAAGUCGCAUACUCAUUAAUUGGGGAAAAAAUACUCUAAAAUGUACAAAUUAUCACAUAGUUUCUUACCUUAAUACUGUUGUCCUGAUCUCAAUGACAAAUCUGUCAAAAGUUGUGAGAAACCUUUCAGGUCCAGUGGGGCGAGUCGCCUCCUGGUGGCAACAUUCACUUUCAGUCCCAUGCCAAAACUCACAAUUUGCUCCAAUGACGCAUUGGCGUCAUUCGCUACUAUGGCAAUUCAAGAUGGCGCUACCCAUAACUCUAAUAAAUGUUGUUCAAUAUCAAAAUCCUAAAAAUAGAGGUAUAUAUGUUAAAUGCACAUGUUUAAUAUUAGUUGAUGGAAUAAAUCUCUUCUUAGUUUUACUUCCUAAAGUGUUUCCAUUCCCCUUUAAGAGGUCUAAAAAUACUUUGGAAUACCCAAUAGAAUGCUCAAUAACUCUCAACCCUUAACCUUUGACUCCUGUUCCCUGCAGCAUCAGAGGGAUAUGAGAGAGGAGGAGGGGUCUGGUGAGGGAGGGGGUCGUAAGAACCGCACCCUGACGGAGAGGCUGCGUCGCGGCGAGCACCAGAAGCUCUUCACCAGACUCAAACAGGUGCUGUUCAUGGAAGAACUGGACCCCAAGGUCUCCAAGCUACACCUCCUCUCACAGGCUCUGAAGGAGAUUCGUACCCUGUCGGUGGACUCUGAGUCUCUGGAGGAGAAGAAGAGGAUGCUGACUGAGAUCCAGACUGUCUAUGUCAAGGAGAUCGCAUACAUGUCUGGAAAGCCAGAGGAGCUGAUCAAGGCCAAGCUGAAGGAGAUCUGGGAGAAGAAACGGACUCUAGCUGCCCAGAGGAGAGCAACUGUCCCCCCUACCUCUAGCCCCACCUCCUCUACUUCCACCCCUAGUCCCAACACCAUGACGGUGUCCCAGGUGUCUCAAGCUAGCUCUCUGGGUCAGGCAGGAGCAGCUAGUGGCUCUGUGAAACCAGUGGCUGCUGUUUUACGCACCAAGAGUGGCAAGAUCAUACUUCCUGCUUCCAUGCUUCCCCCUUCCAUGUUUCGUGCUUCCAAACCAGCAGGAAGAUCAGUAUACACAGUGAAAGUAAUGAAGAGACCAACAGUCACCUCCCUCUUAACCCCCACCUCCUCAGCAGCCAAGGAGGUUGUGGAGAAGGAGAGAGCUGCCUCUGGCCCUGAGAAGGACCAAGAGAGAGUGUCUGUGGAGGCUGAGCAGCCCUCCGACAGCUCAGCAGCAGAGAGGCCAGACCUAGGUAAGGAGGAACCACAGGCCCCUGUCUGUAAUGGAUCCAUGGAAGAAGAGACUUCCACAGAGAAGGAUAACGGCUCAUCUCCCAAAAAGAAGUCACUAAUCAAUAAAAACUCAAUCAAGAGGCUUUCUGGUAUGAAGUGUCCCCUUGUGGAGAUCGCUCCCCUAAACAGUGCCAUCUGGAGGCCGUUGGAGGAACCACAGAUGGGGGGUGAAAGUGAUGCUGGAGGCUGGGGCCUGUCUCUGACCAAGGGAGAGGCAGCCAUACUGGUGAAGGCGCUCUCUGAACACCAGGGCAUAGUAGUGGGGCGGAAGGGCAAGGAUAGCCCGGUACAACACAAUGGAAAGAAGAGCUCUAUGACACUAAAGGGCAAGGAUAGCUCAGUACUACAAAAAGAACAGGAUAGCACGGUGUCACAGAAAGAAACUGAUAGCUUGGUCCCACAAAAAGGAGAGGAUAGCUCAGUCACACCAAAGGAAAAGACAGAGGUUGGCUUGGUGACAUCAAAGGAAAAGGAUUGUUUGUUGACACAAAAGGGAGAGGGAGGCUCGACAGACAGCUCAGAGGCUCAACUACUGAAGAGAAAACGUGGAAGGCCUCGCUUGGACAUCAAAACACCACCAACUGGAGAUAUCACUACUAACCCUGUGCCGCGGGGUCGGCCCCGUAAAGUAUCACGGAUUGGGGUGAAUAUCCCUGUGGUAACGACCGGUGGCAACGACCAGGCCAACGUGACACAAACCGCAGGUAGUGCUUGUAACCCUACCUUAGUCACAAGAAUACCCCCAGGUCGAGACACUAAUACUGGGGGUGGUGAAAUCCAACUAACACCAAGGGAACGUAGCCUAAGCCCUACGAGGCAGGGUAGAAGGCCUAAAGUAUCACAGGUUGGGGUUACUACUAGCCCUGUGGUUACGACUGGGCCUGGGGGUAGCCCAGCCAGGGUGACUCAGGCUGGGGGUAGUACCCCUACCCCAGUGACUCAGGCUGGGAGUAGGCCUGUGAAGAGUGCUACCAGUAGCCCUGCAACUUGGGGUAGGGCACCAAAGGUGCGGAGAGCUGGAGAUAGUUCUAGUCCGGCCAAGGUGACUAGGGAUGCGGUGACUAGCCCUGUAACUCGGGCUGGGUUAAACCCGGCGAGAUGGACUCGUGCUGCGGGGGGUAUCCCUGUGGUGAAGACUGAGGGCAGCCCAACCAAACCUCCACGAGGAGGGGCUGAGGUUACUAGCCCUGUAGCGACGACUAAAGGAAGCCCAGGUAAAACGCCACAGGCUGUGGGUCGGCCUGGAACACGACAUGUGACUCGCGCUGUAUCGGUGAAGGGCCUUGUCAGUGGGAAGAGGACAACAAGGUCUGAUAAGGCCUAGUGAAACUGAGACUAAGGCUGCAUUUCCACACUGUUUCCAUUGGUGCAUCUCAAUACUGUAGUAGUCUAAAAUGGCGUCCACAACUUGUUUUCUCUCCUUCCACUCCGAUGAUGCUGCAUUUCAGCCUAGCUCUAACCAGAGGAGCAAGAGAAUCGUACUCCUGACAGACGUGCCAUUAACUGUCAUUUAAAGCUAGAAUCCUUAGUUGCUGCAUCCAUUGAUUCUUGAAGAAUAUAACUUUAUAAUUAAAUGCCUCAUGAGCUUAGUUCAACUGUCGUACCUCAUCAGAACCCAAAAUAUAAGCUUGUUUUACUCCAAUGUUUGUAAACAAAGUAAAUGUAAACAAACACUGUAUAGCCUCAACACGGUUAACAUUUUUUAUGUCUUGGAUGGUUAGUCAUUGCAUCCAUAGUUUUUUCUAUGAAUUUGAGUGGUUACAUUUCUCCAGGCCUGUCCCUCAGCUGUUUUUUUGUGUUGUUUUUUUUUACAAAAACAGAGGCGGGGAAUCGCCUUGUUAUUGUUUCAAUUAAGGAUUCAAGCUUUAAUUUGUGGAAAGUUGUCCUGAAAUCCCAUUGAGACCACCGCAUGUGCCUGUUCACAAAUCCAAAGGACCCUGGACAGUUAUGCCUGUGUGAGUUGACCCUCUCUUAGCUUUAGCACUCAUCUGCCUUCUCUGGAACACAACAAAGUAGACAAUAACUUACACCUAAGGGACAGUCCGUUUUCCCAACAUCCUAAAUCUUUGAGCAAAACAUUAAAUUAAUGUACUGUAUGAAUGUACUGCAGGUUUGACUGCCGUUUGAGCCGUUGUACAGGUACAUAGGACGUUAGCCCCAUAUUGGGGUGAAUGUGACACGUCAUGCAUUUUUGAUGAAGACUAUUGUUAUUAUGUUCUAGAAAGUUGAUUUCUUGUUAUUUAAUCAUCAAACCACUACUUUUUGAAGAUUACGGUAUAGGGAAGGUCUGUAUUUUUUUCUCUUCAGUAUCACGGUUUGUUCAUGACUUCACUCCCUGUGUCUUUAUUAAUGUAGGGGUGUGUUGUCUUCGAUUUAACCUACAAAAUAAUGGACAUGCAUGAACAUGACAACAAAACAGAUCAAUUACUUUCUGGCCCAAUUAGACAUUAUCAAUAGGCUCUGAAAAUCAUUCAUUUGAGAUGUACAGCAUUCAUGUUUGUUCAUGUCAAAAACACUGUAAAUGUUAUUUCUAUGCCACUGUAAAGACUUUUUGUAUUUUAGCUGUGGUUGGUGCGUCCAGUCUUUCAAAUACACUCUUGGUUCCCAGGCCUAUGAAUUUAAAAAAAAAUCUGAAUCAGCACUUUAAAUCUUCUGUAACUUCUACACUGUCACAACCAUGUUGAAUAUUUUGGUUUGCCUUAUGGAUUGCUUCCCCAUCUGUUUUUCAAUGAUUCCUAUGUCUGAUUUUUGAGGAACUUAUGCAUAACAUGUAAAACAAAACAAAAAAACACACAAAAAAAACAUUAUUUGUAGUUGAGACAUUUGUAUUUCAACCUUGUGUGACUCAUCAUGACUCAAUCUAAGCUAUACUGUAAUCUAUGAAAAUAACCUUUUGUAAAUGUUUUAUUUUUUAUAAGUCUGUCUUGUUGUAUAAUGUUCCUCUUUCCUUUUUUGUAAAGAAAUGACCGUUUUACUUCAGUCACUCAGAUGUGCUGGCAAGAUACUGUGGCCUUGAAAAUAAAUAAACCUGUACAUGCGUUU